UUCUAGCAUAGGCCGUAUUCCUGAAGGCAUAUAGAAGUAGGAGUGCUUCUCGGAGCAGAUAUCCAGAAGUUCACAUCAGUCGUCGGUUGCAGUUUAUCUUGGAAAUGAUAUGACGCGUGACGCUCCCACAAACUGACAGCACCACAGAUGUCAAUUGCCUGUCCCUGAACUGUUACUUGCACGCAAUCUCCUCAGAGGGAAGGCGUCCCCCCCCGCAUUCAUUGGGUUCUCGGAGGAUUUCAAGUGAAACCACAAGUUCAUCCUCCACGCACGAUGUUGCUCCUUCCGUAGGGAACUCAAACGGUUCUACAUAACCUUAUCGCCACUGCCAGUCUUGCCACUUCAAAGAGUCGCACACGUCCCCGCUACCACAGACGUCAAACGCCGCACCCAUCCGAAACAAUGAGCGCGCAUGUGGACGCCAUGUCAGACCAAGACUCGUCCGACGAGGGGUCUGUGUGCUUCCUGUACGCUAAAGAACCCGGAGACCGAGAGCCAACGCCACGCUGCUCUCAUCCAGAGGCUUUCGGAUACCUUGUCGAAGGCUGGGACGACCUAAGGCUCGACACGGAGCUUAUUGACGCUCUUCUGCGAUUCGGUGACAAGAUACGCAACUUGAUGGCCCACACCUAUGAAUGCCGCCAGAAUUCCCGCACCGCUGCAGCUGGAACAAAUGAUGAAGAAAUUUGCAAGCUUCUUAAACUCUUCAUCAAGGCAGUGGAAAGCUUCGCGUCGAUGUCGCCUAAAUGGUUCAAGCGUGUUCAUAUUGACCUGACGGACGAGAGCAAAAAUAGGCAAUUCUUCGGCGUACUAGAAGAGUCAAAAGACACCAUAGGACAGUACCUCACUGCCAAGGAUCCCGCUACUGUUCAGGACUGCGUCGGCAUAUUAUUGGCAAUUUUCGGACGCCCUCCGCGGUACGCCUCGGACCAUAGCCCAGAGAGCAAUGAACCUCUACGCCUCCAAGCACAGCGGGCUUUUGCGGAACUUUUGCAGAUCUGCUUUUAUUUGCGCUCCUACGCCGCCUUACUCGACCUGAAAGAUGUCCACCGAGGUCUUCAGAAGAGCAUCCGACUGUGCUACUGGAACGCCAUCUGCAAUCGCGCGCAACUUACUCAAAAGUUGAAGCUAAGUGAUUAUGAUGAUGAACUCGGUCAAAGCCUGCAAGCUAUCAAAGCAGACUAUGCUGAAGUUCUCGUCGAAUGGGACACGACCAAGACGAAUAUCAACUUUGAGAAUGAAAAAGUAGUGUUGGAGGAAACUUCCUUUGCCGCAUUGAUGAGGCCCCCACAUUGGUCAAGGGUUCCGGAUCUUGGCAAGUUCGCAUCUGUUCAAUUGGAGCAAGCCAAGCUUGCAGCCAAACUGAUACAAGAAAGGUUGCCGAAGCCACUCAGCGGUACAUCCUCAACGACCUUAAGCACGACCCCUGAGAGGGGAGAUGUGGACCAGGACGAAGAUGACGAUAACCAGUUCGUUUGUGAGGUUGACAAAAAUCUGGCCCAUAAAGUCGAUGAAAAGGGAAGGUCGCCCAGGAUACCGCGGUAUUCCCAGGAUGCCGCCAAAUGGCAAGACGAAAACUUGCUCGAGACCUUCGGAAGUCGCGAAGAAGGGCAAAAGACCUGAACAACAACUCCCGCGUUGGCCGCGUUGGUCAGAUGUUCCGGACGGCUUUGCAUCCGGUCAAUCAGAACAAAUCAAA